AUGUCGGCGGAAUUGGGGCUUAUGUCUGCAGACUUGCAGCUGGAUAUGUGCAGUGGUAAUCUCCAUUCAUGGGCCAUGGAUCCGAAGAAUGCUAAGCACAGGAUGAAGCUGCCUUUUACCCCCAGCCAGAAUGAUAAGGUCCCAAGUUUUGAUCCUGUAGUUCGAGAUGAAGAAGGUCUCUAUGGCAUUUUCUGCACGAGGUGCAAUGCAUCGAAUCCCGAAGUAGAGCUUGAUUAUGCAUUAAUAGCAGAUGAGUGUUCACCCGCCUCAGAAGAACUUUUCCCUGAACGGACAAUAAAAAUCAAACCCAUCAGAGUCUUGAAGCAUCGUCCGAGUGCUAUCAUCUUCACUGAGGAUUGUGUCUGGUGCAGAGGGAGCAUUGUUAUUGGGAAUGGACUUCCCAGCAAUGCUAACAUAUUCAUCUUUAAUGGCCCUGCUCAACUGAAAUGCAGACCUGGAGGUGAAUGGGAGAGAAGAGAUGAUCCAUCCUGGCAGGUUGAACACCACAGAUUAGAACUGAAGAGAGACCAAUGUAUUCUGCCCUGUGAGAGCAAUGGAGCCGGAAAGUGCAUAUGUUCUCAUAACCACCCAGACCCCGAUGAAGUGGAGACAGGGCCCUGCUGUGUGUUGUUCCACUUUGGGGGUUGCUGUGAGGAAGAGGCAUGUUCUGCUCCAGCAUGGAUCACCAUUGUUUGUGGCCUUAAUGGCAUGUGA